AUGAGCUACGUGGGAAUGUCCAAUAGUAUAUUAACGAUGCAUAAACAAAAUGUUAAUAUAGAAAAAAUAUAUUUCUAGUUCAAACACCUAACACCUUCAUUAAACUAUAAAAUAGCAAUAAUACGUCUAUUGAAAAACAAAUGUAUAAUAGAACGAGUUAAUUCUUCAAAUAUGACGAAGUUAAUAAUGGUUUUUAUUGCUGCUUUUGUGGCUGUCUUGAACGCUGAGGUAAUUGUAACAACUCCAAAUGGAAAAAUUCGUGGAAGACAAGAAUAUUCCCAAAGGAAAAUAUCGUUUUACGCUUUUCAACAAAUACCUUUUGCCAAGCCACCCGUAGGAUCCUUGCGAUUUAAAGCCCCUAUACCAGUAGAACCAUGGAGCGAGAUCUUAAAUGCUACCAAAAAUGACAGAGUCUGCUUUCAACAAAAAUAUCCAUUUCCUGGAAAAGAGAUACCUCAAAACGAAGAUUGUCUAUAUUUAAACGUCUAUACUCCAGUGGAUCCGUCAAAGAUUGUUUCUCCCCUUCCUGUUAUGUUCUAUAUCCAUGGAGGAGGAUUUGUAACCGGGGCCAGUCACAUUGAUUUCCAUGGUCCCCAUUAUUUAAUGGAACAUGGUGUCAUUAUUGUCACUACGAAUUAUCGCGUAGGUCUUUUUGGUUUUCUUUCAACUGGAGAUACGGUUAUCCCUGGUAACAAUGGAUUAAAAGAUCAGCUGCUAGCUUUAAAAUGGGUUCAAAAAAACAUUGAACAUUUUGGAGGGGACAAAACCAAAGUUACUAUUUUUGGUCAAAGUGCAGGGUCAGCAUCUGUAACCUAUCAACUUAUGAGUGAGAAGUCUAAAGGACUUUUCAGAGCUGCAAUUGCCCAAAGUGGAUCUAUUCUUUGUCCGUGGGCUUUCCAAAGGGACUAUCGUCAAAUAGCUUACAAGUUAUCUAUUGCGCUGGAUCCUACCUUCAGUCCAAGCGCUAGUUCACAAAAAUUGCUAGAGCUUUUGCAAAGCAAAUCUGCCAAAGAAAUUAAUGAUGCUGGUUUAUCAUUGAUGUCGAAAACGGAUUUUGACAAUCAAAUGGUCCAAGGGUUCCAGUUCACUCCAGUCAUUGAGCCCAAUCACGACGAUGCUUUCAUAACCAAAAAAAUGUACGAUGCUCUAAUAAACGGAGACAUGCAAAGAGUCCCACUAAUAAUAGGUAUUUGUUCCGAAGAAAUGAUUAUAAACGCUUUAGAUCUCAAAGCCUUCAAACAGACUGCUAGUUCAUUAGACAGUGAUCUUAGCUUAUUGGUAAAUAACAAUAUGCACGUAUCAGAUAAAACGAAGAAACUCGAGAUAGGGGGUAAUAUAAAAAAAAUAUACACUAAUAAUUCAUUUAUAAAUGGCAUUGGAUAUGCUGUACAGUUUUAUAGUGACCAAUCAUUUGCAAUACCAAUUAUUCAUCAUGCGAAGAAACAAUCCCUGUUUAGUGAUGUCUACUUCUACCAGUUUUCUUACUAUGGGGCCAUUCAAGGACCACGACCUUAUAUGGAGGGUGCUUACAAAGUCGGCCAUUCAGAUGACGAGAUGUACGUUUGGGCUUUUUUGAACAACUCCAAUUUGGAUUCAAAUCCCAAAUCAGACGUUUUGACAAGUGAUCGAUUUCGUACCCUGUUUACAAACUUUGCAAAAACUUUGAAUCCCGUUUCUGAUAAAACCGAACUCCUAGGAAUAAACUCUUGGCCGAAGGUAACACCAAACGAAUUUCAGUAUUUGGAUAUGAAUGAAACAUUUACAAUCAAAAAAGAUCUCAAGAAACGCGUAUACGACGCUUGGAUAAAUAUAUAUGAAAAGGACGCUAUAAAACCAUAUGACACCUUUUAACCAAGUAUUAAAAUAUUUAUUAUAAACUCAAUACAUAACAUUAUUUAACUUUA